AUGGCAUCAUCCAAAUCACAUAGAUUAGUUGAAAAUGAUGAAAAUAAUCGAUUUUAUGGUCAUCAUAUUGUCUGGCUUGAUAAAAACUUAGAUACUCAAGAUAAUCGAAAAACUCUAGAGAUGUUACAUUCCUUUGAUGAAGAUUUGAAAUCUUUUAAAUCUCGAGACAAAUGUAUUAAUUAUAUUGAACAACAAAAUGAUCGAAAUACAGAUUCUUAUAUUAUAUUUAUUAUUUCUGGUUCACUUAGUGAAAAAAUUAUACCACAAAUAGAAGGUUAUGAUUGUAUUCUUACUAUAUAUAUAUUUUGUGGAACUAUUGACAAUUACAAACAUUUGAAAUAUGAAAAACUUCGAGCAAUUUGUGAUGAUACAAAUGUUUUAAGUGAUAAAAUUGCAAGAUAUAUAAGAAAAGUUAAUGACGAAACUAAUUUCAGUCUAUUUCCAAAUCAAGAUUCAACACGUUCAAGUACAGUAACAUCAAAAAGUAAUUCUAAAGAUCAACAUUCAAUUCGAAAUUUAAAAGAAGAUCAAGCAUGUUUUCUUUGGUUUUAUCAUUGUCAUAAUUUUAUGAUUGAACUUGAAAAUGAUGAUAAUGAACGAGCUAAACAAGAAAUGAUUGCUCAUUGUAAACAAGAAACUCAAAAUCGUAAAGCAAAAUCUGGUAUCAAUCAAUUUAGUCGAGAAUCAUUAGAACAAAAUGCAACUGAUGCUAUCCAUUGGUAUACAAGAGAAUCAUUUAUAUAUGAAUGUACAAAUAAAAUGUUGAGAAGAGAGAAUAUUUCGCAAAUUUAUUCAUAUCGUUAUAUUAUUAAACUACUUUGUCGAAAAUUAAAAGAACUACACAAACAAUUUAUUCAUGAGUACAAAAAGGUUGGUGAACAAAGUUCACUUCAAGUCUAUCGUGGUGUAUCCUUGCCAACGUCAGAUAUUCUUCUUCUUAAUCGAAAUGUUAAUAAUCUCAUAUCAUUUAAUGGAUUUAUGUCAACAACACGACAUAAACAUGUUGCAAAAACUUUUAUUAAGAAGCGAUCUUGUCAUGAAGGUUAUGAACCUGUUUUUAUUGAAAUCGAUAUUGAUAUGACAAAAGAACAUGAUAUACCAUUUGCUGAUAUUGAUAAAUUCAGUGAACAUCCUGAAGAAUUAGAAGUUCUUUUCUCUAUUGGUGCUGUUUUUCGUGUUAAAUCAGUCGAAUUUAAUGAGAAAAAGAAAUUCUAUGUAGUUCAUCUUUCAUUAGAUCAACAUGAUCAAUUAAAUGUUAACAAAUAUAUGCAACAUACCUAUGCAAAACAUGUCGAUACUAAUGAUCGAUCGGUAUUAUUUGGUAAAUUACUAUGUGAUAUGGGAGAAUAUGAAUCAGCUAUUAAAUAUUUCUCAGAUUUACUUGAUAAUUCAUCGAAUCUUAAAAAUGAUAGUCGAGCAGUUUAUCUAAAUAAUAUUGGUGUAUGUUAUAAUGAAAUGAAAAAUACAGCUCAAGCAUUAAAAUACUAUAUAGAAGCAUGUAAAAUUUAUGAACAAACAAAUAAUGAACGUGGUAUAAGUACAUGUCAACACAAUAUUGCAAGUAUUUAUCAUUCUCAAGGAGAUAAUGAAAAAGCUUUUCAAUUGGCUUUGGAUGCGUUAGAUUUUCGACAAAGUGAUAAAAUAGAUAAAGCUUCAACUCUUAAUCUUCUUGGUUGUAUUCGAUUAGCUUUACGUGAAAAUGAAGCUGCAUUGAAUAAUUUUCAAGAAUCUUUACAAUUACGUUUAAAAUACUUAGGUAAAAUUAAUCCUUAUCAUCCUGAUAUUGGUGUUAGUCAUCAAAAUCUUGGUAGAAUUCAUUUCCAACAAUUUAACUAUAUCAAUGCUGAAACAAAUUUUCUACGUGCUGCAGAAAUUUUUCGUCAUAAUUUUCCAAUAUUACAUCCAUUUAUAAUAGGAAUCAAUCAAUGUUUAGAACAAACUCGACAACAAUUGACAUAA